CAUUGGGCCGUUGAUUGGGUCUGGCAGAUACAGGCAAAUGCAUAGGGAGUGCUCGCAGCCGAAACGUCGCCGCCUGAGAGCUCCGCCAACACGCGCACCGCCAACACGAACCAUGUUAUAUGGUACUUGCACGUCAUAGUUGCAUUUGUAGUUUGCAGGUUGCAGGCGGUGCCAAAUCAACGGUCCAUCGCGGUUGGGCAGGCCUUUUUUGGCGCUCGAGUCAAUCAAAGCUGCUCAUUUCUGGUCCUUUCAGUGUGAUUAGCCAGCAACAAUCACGCACAGGCACUCGCUCGCUCUUCGACUGAACAAUCGUUUCGGAGUACUCCGUCCGCCGGAACAUUCGGAACCAUGCCCGGCCUGGUGGACGCCCUGUCCGCCUCCAUCCGCUCCCACACGGGGCUGCACUACGUGCCCAGCUUCAACGACUUCGUGUCCAGCGCCAAUGACGACGUCGAGGCCAUGGAGGCGCUGGCCCAGCAGCAGCACGACAUGGACCUGGCCCCGCGCGACCAGGCCGCCCGCGCCGGCGCCCCUGCCGCCGCCAAGACCAGCAACAAGGCCGACGACCUGCCCGGCCUCACCUCCGCCGUGGCCAUGGACAUCCACAAGGUGAACCGCUUCAGCUCCGACCACGCCGCCAGCACUUUCAUUGACAACGCCCGCGGCGGCCGCAACGCGCCGUCGGUGUGGCAGUACAUCCUGCACAGCCAGGGCAAGGAGCGCCUGCCCUCCUUCGCCGAGCUGGCCGGCACCAGCCCCUCCGGCUCCGGCCUGCCCGCUGGCGCCGCCCUCAGCGCCGCCACCCAGGCCGCCGCCGCCACCAUGAAGCACGGCCAGCAGCAGCACACGCAGCAGGCGGCGCAGGGCAAGACCAUCGGCGCGGCGGAGCUGCAGAAGCACUUCAACGUGAGCCAGGCCCAGGCCGAGGCCAUGGUGGCGGAGGCCGACCGCGACAACGACAAACGCAUCAGCAGCCAGGAGUGGGAGGACAUCAUCAAUGAGGUGUCGGCCUAACCGGCCUGAGAAGAGGCGUAGGAAUUGCGGUCCACAACGCGUCAGCACCACAUCAGCUUAUGUUUGUGCCGUUGUGGAGAGAUAGGUGCGCUGUGAUGGUUAUUUGGGACGUGACAGCCUGGGCGUCCAGGGUGUCAGGCCUUUACGGUGUCAGUUGUUUCGCCGCCGUGUGUCAUCGGCAGUUCGGCAUCCGUGUUUCAUGCAUUCGUUGUUUUCUAGCUUACAAAGACGUUUUGCUAGCUGUACCCUGUUGCAGGCUGCGUGUAGUUUGGCGGCAAAUGCGGGAGUCCCCCUGAUAGCAUUUGCGCAUUGAUGGGUUGCCGUUACGCCGCUGUUUGGUGCGCAAGCGUGCUACGACAUAAUGGAUAUGAUUGUAUUGGUUGCCAGGCGCAAGUUACCGCGUUUAACUUCAGGUGGCGCGGUAUUAUACUCUAGCUGGAAGCGUGGAGGGAUGUUCUGUGACCGAGGUGGCGUGGGGGUGGAGUUCCCGCCAUGGGCACGCGGUUCGUGAACGGCAUACAUAGCUACAUAACUUGCACAUAGGUCGGCUGCUGUAUUGUUACUGAGAUAAGAGACGCAUGAACGAAUAAGAAGUGUGCUGUAGUUGGACUCCCAGUAGGGUGUUGCACAGUAAUCGACCGGAGCUAACAAGCUGCGCAUCAACAUAGAUCUACAUGAACCUGUAAAAGUAUC